GGCAACUAAACGCAAGAAUUCGAGUUUUACGGCACCAAAAUGGCCGUUAUCGACGUGAGCUCGCAGAGGGCGUCUCUGCUGAGCGACGCGACCGCACUUGGGCACCUACCGCCCGAGUUACUCCACAUUGUUCGAGAUCAUCAGUCGCAUAGUUUUCUUGAUGCCAUUGCGGCGGCGGCUUUGAUACCUCGACUUACAGGUCGAAUUUUCGCCCACUUCGAAGCCGUCUUUGCGGAUAUCUGCGCAAGAUGGCUACUCCCCUCCAAGGGAGAAAUCCAGGAUGUUCAGAUUACCACCUCAUUUGCGAGGAUCCUCCCGUUUGCCCCAUAUCUCUCAGUAUUUUUGCAGAAAUAUCUGAGAUAUCCCGGCCCCGACGAUGAGGGCCUGUCUCUGAAGCCAUUGGCCUUGGAUAACUAUGAAGAAACCCACUUGGUCCAAGUUCUUUUGGCCAUAUGGAGACUGAAUAGUUUCGACAAACGGACCUAUUCAGGACUGACCAAAUUAUCUGACAUCCAAGCUCUCUUCAAGCAUGAGAACGCUGCUGUCAGGUACCUCUCUAUCCGGAUUUUCUGUCAGCUGCUUGAAGCUUCGGACUUCAAGCUUGAGGCGCUCAUUGAGAAGCAUAUACGAAAAGGCGAGCUUCUCGUUGCAGAUUUUGACGGGCAACAGGCAGACCUCACGUUCCUUAGUCUGUACGAGCACGCUCGAGCCAAAGAGAUCCAGGAAAUUGGUCGGAGAGCGAAGGAGGCAUCACCUGAGCCUGUCCAGCCGCCACUACCGGCGCAGAAGUUGACCCCUCUUGUGAUUAACUAUGGAAGCUCAGUCUUUCCCCGACCACUGGGCCCCGUACACAGGCCGGCCAGUCUGGUACCCACGCCAACCACUCUUGGUAACCUGGAGCGGUUGAUCAAUCUCCUUCAGAACCCGGGACCUAUCUUGCUCCACGGGCUCUCCGGUGCUGGCAAGACAUCGUUGAUCCAUGAGGUGGCAAGACAGCUUGGAAAGGACAACGGUCUAGUGACACUGCAUCUCAAUGACCAGACAGAUGCCAAGAUGCUCCUCGGGCUGUACACCACUGACUCCAAGCCGGGCUCUUUCCAAUGGCGACCGGGUGUCUUGACUACGGCGGUCAAGGAAGGGAGGUGGGUUCUGAUCGAGGAUCUUGACCGCGCUCCGACUGAGGUCAUGAGCACCCUGCUCCCGUUGGUCGAGCGAGGGGAGCUGCUUAUCCCCAGCCGUGGAGAGAGAAUCCAGGCUUCCGAUAGCUUUCGAAUUUUCGCCACGGUCAGGACAUCACUUGGGAUGAACGGGCAAGAAAACCUGCCCAGUCUGAUUGGUCUUCGGCUGUGGCAGCCUCUCCCUGUUCAGAGCUUGCCCCAGGGGGAGUUACGGGAUAUCGUCAAUGGAAGCCACCCUCGAUUACACAAAUACACCCCGGGCAUUCUGUCCGUUUUUGAUCGACUCCUCGCCGUAUCCAAUGGCCCUUCAUCACUGGCCCUUGGGCGUGGGAUGAUGGACCGCCCCAUUAGCACCAGAGAUUUGCUCAAGUGGUGUCGACGACUGGAUCAUAUCCUGACUGCAGUCGGAUGUAAGAGUGGCGACGAGCCAAUCAGUGAGACCACUCGAGACUGGAUGUUUAUGGAAGCUGUCGACUGCUUCAUUAGCUGCGUCAAAGAGGAGGCUGCUCGUGGGUCGUUGGUCGCAAAGAUAGCCGAGGAGAUGCAUAUAUCAUCUAAGCGCGUGAGACACUACUUGAAUAGCCACGUCCCGAAGCUGGAGGCCACAGAAUCCCACCUCACCACUGGCCGUGUUUCACUACGGAAAACACCACGACCAACCUGGGUCGCGAAGCAGAAACGGCCAUUCGCCACCACGACGCAUGCCAAACGGCUGCUUGAACAAGUUGCGGCCGCCGUGAAGAUGAGAGAGCCGGUCCUCCUCGUGGGAGAGACAGGUAUCGGCAAAACUACGGUGGUUCAACAACUGGCUGAGUCUCUGGGUCAUAAACUGGUUGCAGUGAACCUGUCUCAACAGAGCGAGGCUAGCGACCUCCUUGGAGGAUUCAAGCCGGUGAACUCUCGUAGCCUGGCCGUUCCGUUGAAAGAUGAAUUUGAAGACCUCUUCGAGAAGACGGGCGUCUCGGCCGACAAAAAUCAGGAUUACCUUGAUCGGAUCAGCAAGAGAUUCGCCAAGGGGAGGUGGACGGAGGUCGCCAAGGAAUGGCACAAAGCGCCCAAGAUGUUCGAAACCAUCUUGUCAACUCUUCAGAAGAGCAAAGCUCGCAGCGAAGCCGGGGAGGAUGCCGAUGGCCAACCAGCGAAGCGCCGGAAGACGGACUCGGGCAAGCUGCAACGGCUCUUGAAACUAAAGCCUCGGUGGGACGCCUUUGCCCAACGGCUUGAGCAGUUUGAGAUACAAAUCACGAGCGGUUCCGGGGCAUUUGCUUUUGCGUUUGUCGAAGGAAACGUUGUCAAGGCUGCAAGGAACGGUGACUGGGUUUUGCUGGAUGAGAUAAAUCUGGCAUCGCCAGAUACAUUGGAGAGCAUAGCCGGACUCUUGCACUCGGGUUCGGAAGGGAGCCCGUCGAUCCUCCUGUCUGAGACGGGAGAGAUCGAGAGAAUCAACGCCCAUCCGGAUUUCCGCGUCUUUGGAGCGAUGAACCCUGCCACGGAUGUUGGUAAACGUGACUUGCCCCUGGGACUCCGAUCUCGAUUCACCGAGAUCUACGUCGUGAGCCCGGACAAGGACAAGAAAGAUCUGCUCACAAUCAUCAAGACCUACCUCGUUGGGAACAACAGCCGGAUCGACCAGGUGGCCGACAGCAUCGCCGACCUCUAUUUGGAAAUCAAGGCACUGGCCGAAUCCAAAAAGCUCGUCGAUGGAGCAAACGAGGUCCCCCAUUUCAGUCUGCGUACCUUGACUCGGGUCCUCACCUACGCAAAUGAUGUCGCAACCAUCUACGGCAUAGAGCGAGCCCUGUACGAAGGGUUCUGUAUGGGCUUCCUCACUCUUCUAAGCCAGGAUUCUGAGAGAGAGGUCAUGCCCAGGAUCCAGCUGCAUCUGUUGAGACGUCCAAAUAUCCUCUCCCAGCCUCCAAAACGGCCAACUGAUGGCAGGAACUACGUCUCGUUUAAGAAUCGAUCCAUGGACCAUCAAUACUGGGUUCUGCAGGGAGAUGAGGCUCGACUGGAGCGGUCAGACUACAUCAUCACCCCCUACGUCGAGAGGAAUCUCCUGAAUCUUGUUCGUGCCACGUCAACCCGGCGUUACCCAAUCCUGAUCCAAGGUCCGACUUCAUCAGGCAAGACGAGCAUGAUAGAGUACCUGGCGAACUUCAGCGGCAACAAAUUCGUUCGCAUAAACAACCAUGAACACACCGAUCUCCAGGAAUAUCUCGGCACUUACGUGUCCGGGAAUGAUGGGAAACUCAAGUUCCAGGAAGGACUACUUGUUCAGGCCAUGCGACAGGGCUCGUGGAUUGUCCUGGAUGAGUUGAAUCUUGCGCCAACCGAUGUUUUGGAAGCAUUGAACCGACUUUUGGAUGACAACAGGGAGCUUCUGAUCCCCGAGACACAGGAGGUCGUCCGGCCACAUGAGAACUUCAUGAUCUUUGCCACGCAGAACCCUCCCGGCCUGUAUGGUGGUAGAAAGGUGCUCUCUAGGGCAUUCAGGAACAGAUUCCUCGAGCUCCAUUUCGACGACAUCCCGGAGGAUGAACUUGAGACAAUCUUGCAGAUGCGGAGCAGAAAUACUGCGCCGUCGGACUGCAGAAGGAUAGUAUCCGUCUACAAGCAACUCUCGAGGCUGCGACAGGAAAGCAGGGUUUUCGAGCAGAAGAACAGUUUCGCAACCCUCAGAGAUCUGUUCCGAUGGGCGAUGCGGGACGCAGACAACCGGGAUCAAGUCGCCAGCAACGGAUUCAUGCUUCUCGCCGAGAGAGUACGGAAGGAGGAAGAACGGCUAGAAGUGAAGAGGGUGAUCGAAGAAGUCUUCAAAGUCAAGAUCGACCUGGACGUCCUCUACGAUCGCGAUUCAUCUCCGGGGCUCCGGCAUCUCUGCAAGAGACAGAACAGUCAAGGGGUUGUCUGGACAAAGGCGAUGCGUCGUCUGUAUGUGCUGGUCGAGAGGGCCAUCCAAAACAACGAGCCUGUACUGCUUGUUGGAGAGACUGGAUGCGGCAAAACCACCGUGUGUCAGUUGUUGGCCGAAGCUCGUGAGACCGAGCUACACAUCGUCAACGCUCAUCAAAACACCGAGACUGGAGAUCUCAUCGGUUCUCAGCGACCUGUCAGGAACCGAGGAGCGAUCCUGGAUGCUCUCAAGCGCGAUCUCCUGGAGGCCGCCCAAGUGUUUGGAAAGGACCCUGAGGAUUCCUUUGAGAAUCUGGUAGCCUGGUAUCAAUCACUCCCCCCUGGUGAGGUUGGGAGACUUCCUGGUAGCCUGAAGACACAAAUCGACUCGACACUGCACAGGAGUAGGGCUCUUUUCGAAUGGUGCGAUGGUAGCCUCGUCCACGCUAUGAAAAUGGGGCAGUUCUUCCUCUUGGACGAGAUAUCUCUCGCCGACGAUUCCGUGCUGGAGAGGCUCAACUCCGUCCUGGAACCUCACCGGAGUCUUCUCCUUGCUGAGAAGGGGGUCGAUGACUCCUUCGUCAGGGCCCAUGAUGGAUUCCAGUUCUUCGCCACUAUGAAUCCAGGAGGUGACUUCGGCAAGAAGGAGCUCUCUCCUGCUCUGAGAAACCGCUUUACGGAGAUUUGGGUCCCGGCCUUAUCGGAAGACGAGGACGUCCUCGAUAUUGUUAUUUCGAAACUUGCCGAGAAGUUCCGGACAGUUCCCCCUGGAGCCCAGAAAUCUGUAUCAGAGAUGAUUGUCGGCUUCACGACCUGGUUCGGGAAGACCUUCCGACCUUCGUCUGCAGCGCCGUUCUCCCUCAGAGACAUUCUCACUUGGGUGACGUUCAUGAACCAGUGUGGCUCAGCAUCCCAAGGGUUCGCCCUUCUUCACGGAGCUGCUACUGUCUUCAUCGACACGCUUGGAGCAAACCCGUCGGCAUUGAUAGCCAUAGAUCCCAGGGCAAUGGACGCGCAGCGGCAACUGUGUCUCGACAAGCUGAGCGAAUUGGCGGGCUGCAAUCUUACGCCCCUGUACCGGGACGAGCCGCACAUCCAUAUUGCCGAUCAUCUUCUCAGCAUCGGUGACUUCAGCAUCGAGAGACGCUCCUCGGGCUCUCUGGACAGCACCGUGGACUUCCAGGCAAUAACGACAAAGAUGAAUGCCAUGAGAGUCAUCAGGGCGCUUCAGAUUAACAAGCCGGUGCUUUUGGAGGGUAGCCCUGGCGUGGGGAAGACGACCCUGGUCAGCGCCCUCGCCCGCGUUUGCGGGAGGCCGUUGACAAGGAUCAACCUGUCUGACCAGACGGAUCUCAUGGACCUGUUCGGAACUGACGUUCCCGUCGAGGGCGCCGAAGCGGGUAACUUUGCGUGGAAAGACGCCCCGUUCCUGCAGGCAAUGCAGAAGGGAGAAUGGGUUCUUCUGGACGAGAUGAACCUUGCUUCCCAGUCUGUCCUCGAGGGCCUGAACGCUUGUCUCGAUCACCGUGGAGAAGUUUACAUCUCGGAGCUGGACCAGGUCUUCAAACGGCACCCGGAAUUCCGACUAUUCGCGGCCCAAAACCCGCACCAUCAGGGAGGCGGGCGGAAGGGACUUCCAAGCUCCUUCGUCAACCGGUUCAUCGUCGUCUAUGCCGAUGUAUUCACCGAGCAGGAUCUCCUUCUCAUUACGCAAAGCAGGUUCCGGGACGUUGCCCCCGAGACCAUACAUCAGAUGAUCGGCUUCAUAUCCAGGCUCGACGACGAGGUUGUUUCCAAGAAGAGUUUCGGCUCUCAAGGCUCCCCUUGGGAGUUCAACCUGCGUGAUACGCUCCGAUGGCUGGACUUGCUCGCAUCGUCCGACCCUCUCAUCGGCAGUGCGAAGCCAGAUGAUCUCCUGGACAUUAUAAUACGACAGCGAUUCCGGACCGACCGGGAUCGAAUAGAGGUCACGAAGUUGUUUGCGACCUGCUUCCAGAGACCCGCAGGUAGGCACAGCCUCUACCACGACAUCAGCGACCUCGUGUCGCAGGUGGGCAUUGCCGCCCUCCCCAGGAGCAUCGUCUCGCAGCCAACACAGUUUCCCGCCAUCGACGUCGUGCCUAGGCUGGCAGAGGUCGAAUCGGUCAUGAUCGCGGUCAAACAAGACCUCCCGUGCAUCCUCGUCGGCCCGUCAGGAAGCGGCAAGUCGGCUCUAUUGCGUCACGUUGCCGCCUUGGCCGGCAAGGCUUUGGUCAUUUUCCCUCUCAACGCCGAUGUAGACACCAUGGAUCUCAUCGGCGGGUUCGAGCAAGCCGAUCCGCAUCGAGAGCUGCAGGCUUGCCUCGGCCAGCUCCGGGUGGCGGUUCAAGAGCACAUCCUAUCAAUCCUGCCGAGGGAAUCUCCUUCGAUGGUCUUUGACCUGAUAAGCCUCCUGGGUGUCCCGGCCAGCGGGGAGCGCCGUCACCGAGACGCUAUCCUGCUUUGUGUUGAGCGUCUUUUAGCAGAGGGCCCCAUGCCUGCCCCUUUGUCAGCAGCCUUGUCAACGGCAAGAGAUGCCCUCCUGAAGCCCCUGACCUUGGAGAACCCGCGGUUCGAGUGGCUCGAUGGGGUUAUCGUCCGUGCAAUCGAGACUGGCCAGUGGCUGGUCCUGGAUAAUGCCAACCUCUGCAGCGCGUCUGUCCUUGACAGACUCAACUCCCUGUUGGAGCGGCCAGACGGCUUCCUGAGCAUCAACGAGCACAGCGGACCUGGUGGCGAGCCGAGAGUCAUCAGGCCACAUCCCAACUUCCGCAUCUUCCUCACCCUGGACCCUAGAUAUGGGGAGCUCUCGAGAGCGAUGAGGAACCGCUCGGUCGAGGUGUACUUGGGUACCAUCCCUCAACAACCGGAACCGUACCUCGAGAGGAUCACGCCAAUCGAAGCCAGCCUGAGAAGAUUCCACACUGUCAACGAGACGCUGGAAAGCUUAGCUGGAGUUGAUCAUCCCAUUCAGCCGGCGUCCUCGGCACUGGGCCUGCUCUCGGCGAAAGACAUGGCCGUCCUUGAGAAGUUCGGCAAGGCCGUAGAGCUUGGCCUAUUUGCUUCUGGUAAACUGGAUGUGGCCACACUUCUGCAAUCUCUGGGGCAACUUCUCUCGUAUAUCAGUUCGAAGGGCUCUAGACCCGUCUUCGAUGCCAUCUCCGAGUUGUAUCGUUCCACGGCAGAGAAGAUGUCUCCUUCGUUGAUCCGAACUCAUCUGGGCUCCUCAAUACCAUCCCAGGAGAUGCUCUCGAGCUAUCUCAGCCGUGUCCAGCUGAUCUAUCCCACCCACCCGCUUCAGAACGAUCUAAUCCUUCCCUUGCUGGAUGGGAAUAUGCAGGAGAACCCACAUUGGCUGGCAAUCUGCUACGAGUAUUGCUUUGAGAUACAGUCCGCAAUGCAAGCCAUGGAAUCGCAGAUGUCAAAGGUCAACGUGACUCGACCAUCUUCGUUGAACCGAUUCCAGAGAUCCUGCAUAUCCGACCAGGUUGCCACUGUCUCCAAGGACUCGACCGUACACGUCUCCAAGUUCCUGUCGUCGACUCUUGGGGCCAUCGAUGCCUAUCUGAAGGAGCAUCUCAACGACGCCGGGACCUGGACGGAACGCCGCCUGUUGCUGAGAAAGCUCAUGCAUUACUGGAAGCGGACUUUCGAUUUUGUCUGCGGCUCGCCCUUUGACGAGGCAAGGUUUCAGGCCCAUCUCGGCCAGGGCUUGAGUCUCUGGAAGAACAACGUGGAAACCGUGGAAGUUGAUACUCGCACCAUGGCGACUUCGUUCCUCGAGCGACUGGAAGGGAAUUUCGUGGUUGGCUUCAAGCUGUUGACCGGGCUGAGCAUGGAGGUUCUUUGGAACCUUCUCCGGCCUCAGCCAAUACGAGAUGUCCAGUGCCUCGAACAGGUCGCAGAAAUGGAACGCCUGGCGGCACGGUUCGAUACACUGCGCUGGAAGGCUGAUGCCACCGUCCAAGACCUAUCCUCCGUUUUAGAGUCGCUUAGCAAAGCCUACGCCAUCAUUCGUACGAAUGGGGCCGACGCGGCUGACCUUGUCAAGGACUUGACAACGGAGAUAUCGUCUCUGGAGGCGAAGAUUGGAGAGCACGCCAGAGACCGCCGGCCCUUCCUCGCCAAUGGCUUUGAGGCUCUCAGACAGACGCUGACACUGCACCAAAUCUCCAACGAGAGCGUGGCCUUCCAGCGAGUGUCCGACGUUACGGUGUUGUCGGACAUGCCCACCUUGUACCAGAUGCACUUGCACAGCCCCGCAGGCACCCCGACGGCUUUCCAAUCGCUGGACUACCUCUUGGCGCAGGAUACCGAGACUCGGCCUUGGACUGCGACAGUUUCCGAAUCACUGUUGCUGAAAUUCGACUCGAUCAAGUCAGCCUCCUUGUUCGAGCUACGGUCCCUGGAAGAAGAGCUCCCCAAAAUGGGACGUGCUCUUGUUGAAGCCUCAGAGGCACUUGGGACAGACCCAAUCCCGAAGCUCAACAGCCUACUCUCACGCCUGAUGGCGGACGUCAUGGGCGCCCACAGCGACUCGCUUCGGCAGUACGUCUUGGACGUAUAUCGCGCACUAUUCCAAUCCGUGGGACCGGCAUCAGUUUCCAUAGGAGAGAGCGGUCUCCGAUUCGAGCCCAGGGCACUCCCUUCAAUCUCAGAACCGCCCACGGCUGAGUAUCCGCAUUUCCUUCCGAUCUUCCGAGAACAUAUUCUCCCUUCCCUGAUUGCCUUGACAGCUGCGAUCAAGGGGAUCCAGCCAAGAUCAGCCUAUGCAUCUAUUGCGUGGGUGCAUUUUGCCCAGGGAUGCAUUAAGCUCUACGUCCCUGACAAGGUCUUCGACCCGUACCUGAGAGCACAGGUUGAGCUCGACUUCCACGAACAACUCCGAGACGCUCUAGAACAAAAGAUCUCCGCCCUUUCUGAGAUCGAGCACGCAUUCACUGGGCGACGGACAAACCUGCGCUGCGCCCUCCUCGAAGACGAACUGAGAACGAUUGGAGAGCCUCCGCCGUUGGUACAAACGAUAUAUCGGCCAUCCGGUGGCGACCUCUCUAGGUUGCAAGGCGAAUUCAAUAACAUCCUCAACAUUGUCGUCCGGAACGAUGUCACGUCCUCCGUCGUCCGGCACCUGUCAGGAGGCUCGGAGAGCGAUGCCCAGGAGCUUCGGCUCGUCAACGACAAUAUCUCACGCCUCAUUCAGCGUGUCUCUGGCCAGUUCAAAGCUUAUCAAGAUAUGACCUCGCCGUUGGUCAACUUCCUCCGGUGUCUCCAGAUCGGCCUAUCGCUGUCCGAUGGUGUUGCUGCGAGCAACCGCCAUAGCAAGGAACUUGCCAGUCUGCUCAAAAUCCCAACAUUCCUCGACGGCAGUGCAUGGGACGAUGAGGAGGUCGUCCCGCAGACUCGCAACCUGGAGUUCCUGUCAUUCAUUGCCAGCGUCGUUAGCAUCGAAGGUCUCGACAAGCUUUCUGGCCCUCUCAGGCAAUCCCUCUUUGACUCCCUCGCGUUCUACUAUGAGGAGUGGAGCAAGAAGCUCCAGGCCGACCGAAAGGCUCGAGAGCAAAACCAGAGCCUGUACCGCUUCCGGGGUAGCCUUGAAGACCAAGAGGAAGACGACGAAGAGGAAUUUAACGAGCUUUUCCCUGAUUAUUAUUCUGCGGAGGACGACAAGCCGAAAAAGAAACCCACCCAGGACAAGUACAAGAUCAGGGAUGUCUCAGUCAUCCUGGCAGAAUCGCACGCCAACAUCUUCUUGUCUUCGCAGGAUGCCCAAGGGGGCUUGCAGGGCCUUUGCAAGCAGAUUGGCCGCAAGGUAUCUGGAGAGAAUCGGCGAGCAUCUGCUGGGGGCGAGGGCAUGGACAGAAUCCUCCUUGCCCCAGCGCUUCUGGUCUUCGACGAGCAGCUAACCACGUUCCGGACAUCCCUCCAAUCGGACAUGUACAACUUCUACACCGACCCUAACGUCUUCGAGAUCCGGAAGCUGCUCACGCUCGUGGGCAGCAUCAAAAGCAGGUUCCAGGACCUCCAAGCCGUGGAUGAGAUCGGGCACCAUCACACCCUCACGGAUGUCAUCGUGGCCUGUGAUAAGCUGCUCGACUUCAACGUUGAAGAACCGCUGGCAAAGUUCAUCACGGGGGUGGAGUAUCUCCAUUCUUUCGUCUACGAAUGGCAAGAAGGCGGCUGGGCUAGCCACGUGCACAAGGCAACACCGCUCUAUGAGCGGCUUACAAACACCAUUCAUGACUGGCGGCGUCUGGAGCUGUCCAGCUGGGCAAGGCUGUUUGACACGGAGGAGAAGAAAUGCCACGACGAGGCCAGGUCCUGGUGGUUCAUCGCCUAUGGGGCUAUCGUGGUCCAGCCAUGCUUGAAGCUCCAGGAAGGUCAACAGAAUCUCAGGAGCUACGCUAUCGAGCUGCUCCAGACCCUGGAAACGUAUUUCGCAGAUGCCGUGGUCGGCCAAUUUGCUGCACGGCUGAGUCUCCUGAAGCAGCUUAAGAACCAGUUGGACCUCCUCGUCCAGGAGGCACCGGCCCUGGGCGUCGUCCGCGACGCCACGCAGAACUUCAUCUCGGUAUAUGGCCGCUACGAGAAGAAAGCGGCCGAGUUCAUCCGCGCUGGCAGGGCGCCGUUGGAUCGGAAGAUGAAGGACGUCCUCCUCCUGUUCUCCUGGCGCGACAAGAACAUUUCGGCCCUCCGCGAGAGUUCCCGCAAGUCCCACCAGAAACUCUUCAAGCUCGUGCGGAAAUUCCGUGGCGUCCUGGGGCAGCCGAUGAGGUCGAUCCUUGACCAAGGCCUGCCCGAUGAGGAGCAGGCGGAAGACGCCUCGGCGUUUGGUGGAGAUGCGUCCAGACUGGACAUUGACGGAGCAGCGGCAUCUCUGUGCAGCCAACUGAUGCCACGUCUGGCUGAUGAUACUCACUGGCAGAGACUCUCGAAUCCCGCUGGGAUCGUCAAGGUCAUGGCCAAGAUCGGGUCGCUGCCGGAGUCGGUGAUAGAAGGGGCGCAUAUAGUGGACUCGUUCAUAUCCGAUCUCCUUGCUUCCAUGGCGUCACUCAAGAAGGAAACGCCUGCCAUCCUGACGGACGAAAAUAAGGAUGAAGUCAAGCACCUCAAGACCAGGAAGACCAGGCUCUUCGUCGACACGCUCAAGACGAUGCGGCAGAUGGGCUUCAGCCGCAGCCCCAGCACUAACGUCCUCGAGCGGCAGAGAUCCACGGCCGUCGUCUUAGUCGAUUCGGCCGUCCUCCAGCACUGCCGGGGCUUCAGCCCCGCCGAGAUGGAGUACUACUACCACAAGCUGCUCGACCUCGCGGCACGGUUCAGGGCCGCGACGCACGAGCACUCGGGCGACCUCAGCAGGGAGGCCGUCGACCGCUGCGUCGGCUACCUCGAGGGCACCCUCCACACCGUCAUCCAGCAGCGACGGGAUCUCUGCCAGUCAGUCCGGUCCCUCGGCGCCGUCGAGCGAGCCAUCGCCGAUGUCGAGGUGCUGUCGAGUCCGAGGGUGGACAUGGUCCUCGGAACUGAGAAUCGGCAGUCCAAUAGUGUCCAGGUCCUGCGCUGGCUGGUGCAGAUGCUCAAGUUUGCAGUUCAUCUUGUCCACGUCCAUGCUAAGCUUGGCGGUGUUAAUAAUCGGGAUGCCAUGGAUAAACUUGGCGCAUGGGUCGGCGUCUUUGAGAGCCACUUGACACGCCGGGCUUCUCUGCCUAAGCUCCCCUCCGGAUUCGAGACUUCAGAGCACAGCAAGCUCCAAACCCAUAUGGAGGCAGAUUUCGGAAAGCUCCGCGAGAUGGUCCGCGAGCUUGGCGAAGCUAGACCCGACCUCGCCUUCGUGCUGGAGCAGAUCGAGCCCUGGACAACCGUCAGAUUCGUGGACGCCGUGGACGGAGGCACCGCGGGCGACGUCGACGCUUUCGUCGGGACCAUGAUGACGGCGUCCAAGAAACUGCUGGUCGCGAUCCAGGAGGUCGAGAAGCUGGGCAAAUCGCUGCCCACUUCGACCGAGGACCCGGCGUGGCUGGUCAAGUACAGCGGCGGCCUGGCCAGCCGGAAUAGGUCGCUCCGCAUGGAGACGGUCGCCCAGGAGGUCAGCGGUGUCAUCUUGUCGCUGAAGGACCUCGACCUCGGCGAGGACGUCGCCCGACGGUCGGCCACGGCCCUGCUCCGCGUCGUUCUGCCGCUCCUCCAACAAUACGCUUCCAUCUGCAGGCAGAACAUUGCGCGAUUCGCAAACCUGCACAGGGCCCUCUGCCGGAUGGGAUAUAACCUGGGCAAGUCAUUCGUGCAAAUCGCGUCUCAGGGCUUCUGUACUCCGCAGGAGAAGGGUGACGAGAAGUCCGGAGAUUCGGGCCAAUUGGAGAGCGGCACCGGCCUCGGAGAGGGCGAGGGCGCCGAGGAUAUCAGCAAGGAUAUCCAGCCCGACGAGGACUUGGAAGAGCUGGCGCAAGAGCCGAACAACAAGCCGGAUAACGACAUCGAGGACCAGGAAGAUGCCGUGGAUAUGGGCAUGGAUGAUCUGGAGGGAGAGCUCGGGAGUGUUGGCGGCAAGGAUGAGGAAGAUGAGAACGGGUCUAAGAAUGGUGAUGAGGAUGACGAAGAGAAUGAGAUGGAUGAGGAGGCGGGCGACGUCGAUGAUUUGGAUCCCACCGCUGUUGACGAGAAGAUGUGGGAUGGCGACAAGGAGGAGGAGGCCGAGAAGGACCAGCAGGGCGACAACAAGAAGGGGGAGAAGAAGGAGGAGCAGGUUGGCGCCGACGACGCGCGGCAGGAGGAAGACCAGGCUGUGGAGCCGGAGGAACAGGGAGAUCAGGGAGAGGAGGAGGCCGGCGCGGAGCAGGAAGAGGGCGUGGCUCAGGAGGAGCUGAACAACCAGGACCAGAACGUCCCGGAUAACGAGACGCUGGCCCUCCCCGAGGAUAUGGAGAUCGACAUCGAUGACAAUGCGGACGAGCCCGAGACGGAUGACGACCUGGAUAAGCUCUCGGAUAUCGAGGAUCCUCGAGAAGACCCUGAGGCCCAGUUGUCCGAUGCGGAGGACAAUGAUGACGAUGCCGAGAACGGGGAACCGAGACAGGAGGAAAAUGAUCUGGACGCUGCUGGCGUAGAAGAAGAAAUCGAGGACCAGGUUGACGGUAAAGAUACCCAGUCCGAAAUGGAGGUGGACGAGGAGCAGGAUCCGGACGAAGCCCAGGACGAGGAGAAGCCGCAACAGCCUGCGUUGGACGAGGGUAACGCAGACCCCGAAAACGCAGCCCCGAGCGACGUCCAGGCUGGCGGAGGCCAGGCGGAGACCGAGAUGGACGCCGAGGACGAGGAGGAUGCCCAGAAGAACACGGCGUCCCAACGGGAACAGGGCGACGUCGGGCAGAACUCCGCGGAUCAGGAGACUGCUGCUGGCAAUGAGGGGUCGCUGUCGAAAUCCGACCAAGAACACACCCAGCCCGAGGAUGACACGAGACAGGAGUCGAGCAAGGCUCACCCCUUCAAGAAGCUCGGCGACGCUCUGGAGCGUUGGCACAGGAAUCAAAAGGACAUCGAGGCCGCCGCGGAAGGCGAGGAGAAUCAGCAGAAGAAGGACAUGACCGAGGCCGAGAUGGCCAAGUCCGAGUUCCAGCAUCUCCAAGACGAGAACGCUCCCGAAGAUACGCAAGCAAUGGGUGGCGCCACCGACGAGGAAGUCCGACCGCUGGACGAUGCCAUGGCAAUCGACACGGAAGCGGACGAGGCAGAGAAUCAGCUGCUCGCCGAGGAUGCCGAGGAUGAGGAGAUGAAGCAAGACGACAAGGUGGAUGAUGCCUCGGAGCAGAAGGAGCCACAAGACAGCGAGAAAUCGGGCCGCGAGGAGGGCCGUUCCGGGGUGGCCACUCUCCAAGGAGCAUACAACGUGAACGACGAUGAUGAUGGGUUGCCAACCGAGCCCCUGGAGGACGACUCCGAGGACGAGGAAAUUCAGGAGACAUCCACGCAGCUGUCCACCACGCACAUCACGGAGGGUGACGAGACGCUCCGGGACUUCUCGGAGGCGCUCCAGCUCUGGGCGACAUUCCAGGCCAAGACCCACCCACUGUCACUGUCCCUGACCUCGCAGCUCCGCCUGAUUCUCACCCCGUCCCAGUCAACCAAGCUGUCGGGCUCGUUCCGCACAGGCAAGCGGCUCAACAUCAAGAAGAUUAUCCCCUACAUCGCGUCGAGCUACAAGCGCGACAAGAUCUGGAUGCGCCGCAGCAUCCCCACCAAGCGCUCCUACCAGAUCCUCCUCUGCGUCGACGACUCCCGGAGCAUGGGCGACUCGGCCUCGGGCGCCCUCGCGCUCGAGUCCCUCGUCAUGGUCUCCCGCUCCCUCGCCAUGCUCGAGGCGGGCCAGGUCGGCGUCCUCGGCUUCGGCUCCGACGUCUUCGUCGCCCACGACCUCGCCGAGCCCUUCGCCUCCCACGACGCAGGCGCCCGCGCCCUCCGCCGCUUCACCUUCCGCCAGGACGCCACCGACGUCGCCCGCCUGCUCCGCCGCACAAUCGACCAGUUCCGCCUCGCCCGCCUGCAGAACGCCGCCGGGUCCGGCGCCGGCGGCAGGGACCUCUGGCAGCUGGCCCUGAUCCUGUCGGACGGGCUCACGCCUUCGGGCUCGCACGCGCGCAUCAGGCCGCUGCUGCGCGAGGCGAUGGAGGAGCGCGUCAUGGUGGUCUUCAUCAUCAUGGAUGGGGCCGGGCGGGGCAGCGGUGGUGAGGGUACCAGUACCGCCGGCACCACUGGCACUCGCACUGGCGGAGGAGACAGCGUCCUCGAGCUCAAGGAGGCCAGGUUCACGGCCGACGGCGGCGUCGUCGUUGAGAGGUACCUCGACUCGUUCCCCUUCCCUUACUACCUCAUCGUCCACCACCUCGACGACCUCCCCUCCGCGCUAGCGGGGCUGUUGAGGACGUGGUUUGCUGAGGUUAAUUCGUGAAAUUUUUUUUUUUCUUCCUUUCUGUUUGUUGAGGAGUUGGGAGUUAGAUUAAGAGGGAAACUUAGAUUAGAGAAAAAGUCCGUUUGUUUUGUCCUGUCCGGCUUGUCUGUCUAGAUCAUAUCCUUUCUAGAGUCUAGUAUAAAUUGAAUCAAAUAAGAUAUGAAGCCAGCACGGCCUCCGUC